AUGGAUAUGGAUAUGGGGGGUGGUUCAAUGCCCACGGGCGGGCUCAAUGCUUCAGGAAUCGACUUCUCCAAUGAGACUCAGGCAAAUAUGUUUCUGGGUGAGAUCUUGGACGACAGCGUCUUCAUGGUUGAGGCCAACAUGUACGCGAGGGAUUUCUGGUGGGGAGUGUGUGCGCUCAUUGCUGCCUUUGGCUUCUUCAAUAUUGUCCAGAAGGGCACCGAGAUUUCGAGGAUACGUGCAGCGGCGGCCAAUCGACCUCGGCCGGCCUCCCCCUCAAAUAUCGUCUCAAAGACGAUUGCUUGUGUUACGGCAAUCUUCCGUGAAGCUUCCUAUGCUCAAUAUACACCGCAAAAUGGCCGAUUCCUUAAGGUCCCUCCCAUUGGAACUAUCAUCCUAGUAGUCGGAUACUUGUCCUGGGUGCUCUUGCUCGAAUUCAUGAACACUGACAUUCCAGGGGCCCAGUACCAUACGUCGAUGGGGGUCCGAGCUGGUUGGCUGGCCGUUGCUCAGGUUCCACUGCUGAUCUUGCUUGCUGGUAAAAACAACCUGAUUGGAUUUAUUAGUGGCAUCUCGUAUGAGCGACUCAAUGUCGUCCACCGAUGGGCAUCGAGGAUGUUGUUUUUCCUCGCCACUCUCCAUGUGAUUCUCCUCCAUAUGGCAUGGAACAAAUAUGGUCUCGGGGACCUGGAGUACUCCACCGAUUCCUGCAUACCCACAGGCUGGGCAGUCUACGCUAUCCUGAUCUGGAUGAAUCUCAGCACUUUGGCACCCUUCCGGAACUUUUCCUACGAGUUCUUUGUCGUCCAGCACAUCAUCACCUUCUUCGGAUUCAUUAUCGCUGUGAUGUUUCAUUUGCCCGAAACCUAUUCAAGGGUCUACAUCUAUAUCCCGAUUGGUCUCUAUGUAUCUGAUCGGGGAAUUCGAUACCUCAGAUGCGCAUGGAACAAUGCACGUCCUCCGAGAGCUAUCAUGACCGCCCUGGACGGUGGCGUAACCAAAAUCACCGUCAAAUGCAAGGCGAUUAAGAAAUGGAGCCCUGGAGCACACGUCUUCUUGUCCAUUCCAAGAUUCGGACCUGGGCAAUCACAUCCUGCCACUAUCGCAUCUAUACCCUCAUCCCAUUCCGGUGAUCUAGUAUUCAUCCUCAAAAGCCACAAGGGCUUCACCUCACGACUCCUAAAAUCCGCCGUAAACUCUACCACGUCGCUUCUCCCAACCACCGAAGACUCUGGAUCUCCAUCACCUGAAACCUCGACACACAUCGCCCUUAUUGAUGGGCCUUACGGCGGCUCUCAUUCCGACUUCGCCACUUUUGACACAGUUCUCCUCAUAUCGGGAUCUACCGGCACCACCUUUACCCUCCCCAUCCUUCUUGACAUUGCUGCUCGAGCUCAAAAAGCGCGCUUACCUGUCAAACGCCUGGUAUUCGUUUGGAUUGUCAAGAAUACCUCCUGGACAUCAUGGACGUCUUCGGAACUCACCUCCGCCUGCGAGGCCCUCCAAGCAGCUGGCAUUGAGCUUUCAAUCCAGAUUCACGUGACUUGCGACACCAACUUCACAACUGGGGAAGAAGAUCAAAUCAAGGAGUGUGGAUGCCAAUGUGACAAAAGCGCCGGCCCAUGUUGCUGCGUUAACGUGGAGGAGCCUGACAGUAGCCAGGAAGCAAUUGAUGAGAAGGACCAAUCUCUCGGCAAGGAUGACCUCGAAGUUCGUCUGCAACCUCGGCCCAAGAUCUCGAGUCUGAAUUCAGGCACCAAGUCCCGAAUCCUCCCGUGCGCAUCCUUCCACAGCGGGCGACCAGAUUUCUAUUCCCUGCUGAGCGAGUUGUUGGAGGAAGCCGAAGGAGAGACCGGUGUCGCUGUCUGCGGUCCCCUGGGCCUGAACAGCGAUGUCCGAAAUACGGUGGUCAGGUUAUCGGAUGAGCGUGCUGUGAAUAAAGGGACAGGAGCUGAGGGUAUAUAUUUACAUUGUGAGGGUUUUGGGUGGUAA